GCUGCCCAGCAGCGCUGCUGUCCCCGCCGGCGCACCUGUCUUCGCAGCAGCUCUCGCAGCCUCUCCCGCUCCACCUCGAGUGUCCCGGAGCCAGCGGCUCCCGAGGACGGCAGAGGGCAAACCUAGGGCAGAUCCUGUCCUGGUCGGCUCAAGAGGCACAGUCCGUGAGGGGUGAACGUCGCUGGGGCCACCAUGGUAGCCACGUGCCUGCAGGUGGUGGGCUUUGUCACGAGCUUCGUGGGUUGGAUCGGCAUCAUCGUCACCACGUCUACCAAUGACUGGGUGGUGACCUGCAGCUACACCAUCCCAACCUGCCGAAAAAUGGACGAGUUGGGCUCCAAGGGGCUGUGGGCCGAUUGCGUCAUGGCCACUGGUCUCUACCACUGCAAGCCCCUGGUGGACAUCCUAAUCCUUCCUGGCUAUGUGCAAGCUUGUAGAGCCCUCAUGAUUGCUGCCUCAGUUCUGGGUCUGCCAGCCAUCUUGCUGCUGUUGACGGUUCUCCCCUGCAUCCGAAUGGGCCACGAGCCUGGAGUGGCCAAGUAUAGGCGAGCCCAGCUGGCGGGGGUGCUCCUCAUCUUGCUGGCUCUCUGCGCCAUUGUGGCCACCAUCUGGUUCCCUGUAUGUGCCCACCGCGAGAUCACCAUCGUGAGCUUUGGCUACUCGCUGUAUGCAGGCUGGAUCGGGGCUGUGAUGUGCCUGGUGGGUGGCUGUGUCAUCGUCUGCUGCUCCGGGGAUGCACAGUCCUUUGGAGAAAACCGUUUCUAUUACUCGUCUGGCUCCAGCUCACCGACGCAUGCCAAGAGCGCCCACGUAUAAGAGGGCUGCUCCGCUGCCCACCGAGGUGCUGUAGAUGCUGGGCCUGGGGCCCUGGGUUUGCUCGCCGCAGUGGGGGAGAAGCCCACUCUCUGCCAGGCACUGAAGCCAAAGGUCUAGAAAGCAUCCUGCCUGGUGGUUUGCAGUGUAACGCCCCAUCCAUCCCACCACUUCUUGGUUCUUAAAAGAAAUCUCUAGCUCAGAUAAUGCCCACAUAGUUUUCUCAUGGUGUUGCCCGCUGUUAGCUUUUUCCUUGGGCAUUCCAUUGUUGUUGAUUAAAAAAAUAUUUUGUUUCUCUCUUAAAUUCAAAUGUCUUGGGAACAUUGCUGACUUGGGUGUGGAUUGGGAGAGAAAUAAAAGACAGUGUUCAAACGGUUACCGAUGACAAUGGAAGCCUCAUAGAGACACCUCUCUGUUUUUUCUUCCCUCUUCCGCUUCAAGGUCACUUACACAUAAGAGAUAGAAAAUGAUAGACUUGGGAACACGAGUGGGAGGGACUUGGGAACUUUCCCUCUAUGGGAAUGCUUCCCUUUUAUAAGUUGUGGGGUUGGGACUCUUUCUUAGUUUGUGAUUUUACAUUUAUCUGUACAUACUUUUUCAAGAUUGAUCGUUUUUUAUAACCAUGGGUUUCCUGAAAUUCUCAAUUCACCAAUAUGAAGGAAAUGAACCAAACAGACUUUAAUAUGCAGUAAGUAACAGUUCGAAGAUUAUAACUUUAACUGACCCGUCCGCGAUUUCCAGGUUUGUAUGCUGCAGUUUUUAAUUCUACAGUUGUGUGUGCUUCAAAUUAACCCAUUUGAAAAGCGUUUCUCCCCCUUCCAUCUCUGUUCCCAUUCUGUUAGCAGUCUUGAGGCGAUGUUGUUUAACAUAGAUUUUACUGUUGAAUUUGGCUUCCUGGGUGUAAACACGAUGGUCUGUCAGUAUCCGAGACUCGGAACACUCCAAACAGGGUUGGUGCAUUUUGUUCAGGUAAAAUCCAUGCAAUAAAAUAACCAAGUGUCUCCCAAA